AUGUCAUCAGUUUCCGCGCACUUUAAAUUUUUGAAACCACCACCCAGAGGUGCCGUGAACCUAACCAUUGAGCCAUGCGCUGGAGUCAACGAAGUCAAUACAACCUCUAAAUCGGAUUUCCCUAUUCGUGAUUCACGCUGUAACUGUUUUUAUAAUAAUUCAAUAGAGGGGGGCCAAGCCACCGUUAGUUUUGGCGACGGUAAUGGCAAGCUUAAUUACUUUUUCGCUAAAACAUCUAAUGAUACAUUUAUGCCAGUAUCUGAUUCUCCUGUCAUCGUCGAAAUGAAGGAUGAUGAAAAAGUAAGAUUCAAUGCCACCACCACUCUCGACCUCA